UCCAAACUGCUGCAAGAGAUCCCGAGCAUCGAAACCCUGUCAGAUGAAAUGGAGACGCUGAAAAGACACCUCUCUCAGAUCGGCUCGCCGACCGUGCUGUGUCACAACGACCUCCUGACUAAAAAUAUAAUCUACGACAACAAAGAGGGUGGGUGAGGGUGUAUGAUGGGUCUUAGUGCCUGGAAUUUAAGUUGCAACACUGACAUUAAAAGUGAUCCAAGCGAGUUAAUUUUGUAGUUAAAAAGAUAUUUGUUCUGCCAAUCUGGUGCAAUAGACCAUCAGUGUCGGUAAGAAUACAAGAUUGCCAUAUUUUAGACUCAAUAACUCUGAUGUCCCUUCGAUUUCACUUAUUUUCGUAAAAUGGUCUGAUUGUAGGACAUGUUCCACUUUAAAACUUUGACAAAAUGUGGUUCACAAAACGGUCACGAUCUAUCCCACAGCUUUCCUUUAUUUUGCUAUGCAUACUAAACCUAUACCCUAUUCUCUUAAUCCUCUUUUAAUAAUGUCCUAAUGUCAUUUCAAACUUGUGGCGUUGUUAUGAUGCAUGUAUGGCGAUUAUGAUUAAGAAAUGAUUCCUGUUUCUCUGAAUCUUGUCAGGGACUUUGUAGUUGUAACAGUAAAGCACAAACUAAAAGAUGAUAUUGGAACAUAAUAUGGAGUAAAAUGGAAAAUCAUUUCAUUGUAUCUAAUUGAGGAAUUUUAGCACUGACUUUUGGCCAUUGACAAUAGUGCGGUAGGUAGCCUCGAGGUUAGGCUAAAAAGGUUGCUGGUUCAAAUCUCAGAGCCGACAAAUUGAAAAAACUGUCACUAUACCCUUGAAAAAGGCACUUAACCCCAAUUGCUCCAGGGGCACUGGACAAUGGUGACUCUGGCCAUGACCCCACUCCCUCCGGGUGUCCCAAGGGGAGUUUGGAUUCGCAAGAAAAACAUUUCCAUUACACACUUGGAAUGAUGAACACUUGUACAAGUGUGUAACACGACAAAUAUAAGCACCACCAACAUUAUUAUUUAUUGAAGCUUUCAGAGCACACUAUCAAUUAUAGCAACAUAAAUAGGGUACAGACUUGUGUUUCAAAUACUUGAAGUCUGCCAUGUGGGUGGAGUUGGCAGUUUUGGGACUUUGAUUUAUUAAGCCAGGCAAGCUCCAACAGGCCCAGGUAAAGUAUUUGAAAUCCAGGUCUGAUAGGGUAAUACAGUGCCUUCGGAAAGUAUUCAGACCUCUUUACUUUUUCCACAUUUUGUUAGGUUACAGCCUUAUUCUAAAAUUGAUUAAAUCGUUUUUUUCCCUCAUCAAUCUGCACACAAUACCCCAUAAUGACAAAGCAAAAACAGUUUUUUAGAAAAGUUUGCUAAUUUAUAAAUUAAAAAAAAACGGAAAUAUCACAUAUACAAAAGCAUUGCGACCCUUUACUCAGUACUUUGUUGAAGCACCUUUGGCAGCGGUAACAGCCUCGAGUCUUCUUGGGUAUGACACUACAAGCUUGGCACACCUGUAUUUGGGGAGUUUCUCCCAUUCUUCUCUGCAGAUCCUCUUAAGCUCUGUCAGGUUGGAUGGGGAGUGUCGCUGCACAGCUAUUUUCAGGUCUCUCCAGAGAUGUUAAAUCGGGUUCAAGUCUGGGCUCUGGCUGGGCCACUCAAGGACAUUCAGAGACUUGUCCCGAAGCCACUCCUGCGUUGUCUUGGCUGUGUGCUUAGGGUCGUUGUCCUGUUGGAUGGUGAACUUUCACCCCAGUCUGAGGUAGUGAGCGCUCUGGAGCAGGUUUUCAUCAAGGAUCUCUCUGUACUUUGUUCCGUUCAUCUUUCCCUUGAUCCUGACUCCCAGUCCCUGCCGCUGAAAAACAUCCCCACAGCAUGAUGCUGCCACCACCAUGCUUCACUGUAGGGAUGGUAUUGGCCAGGUGAUGAGCAGUGCCUGGUUUCCUCCAGACGUGACACUUGGCAUUCAGGCCAAAGAGUUCAAUGUUGGUUUCAUCAGACCAGAGAAUCUUGUUUCCCAUGGUCUGAGAGUCUUUAGGUGCCCAAACUCCAAGCAGGCUGUCAUGUGCCUUUUACUGAGGAGUGGCUUCCGUCUGGCCACUCUAUCAUAAAGACCUGAUUGGUGGAGUACUGCAGAGAUGGUUGUCCUUCUGGAAGGUACUCCCAUCUCCACAGAGAACUCUGGAGCUCUGUCAGAGUGACCAUCGGGUUCUUGGUCACCUCCCUGACCAAGGCCCUUCUCCCCCGAUUACUUAGUUUGGCUGGGCGGCCAGUUCUAGGAAGAGUCUUGGGGGUUCCAAACUUCUUCCAUUUAAUAAUGAUGGAGGCCACUGUAUUCUUGGGGACCUUCAAUGCUGCAGACAUUUUUUGGUACCCUUCCCCAGAUCUGUUUCUCGACACAAUCCUGUUUUGGAGCUCUACGGACAAUUCCUUCGACCUCAUGGCAUGGUUUUUGCUCUGACAUGCACUGUCAACUGUGGAACCUUAUAUAGAAAGGUGUGUGCCUUUCCAAAUCAUGUCCAAUCAAUUGAAUUUACCACAGGUGGACUCCAAUCAAGUUGUAGAAACAUCUCAAGGAUGAUCAAUGGAAACAGGAUGCACCUGAGCUCAAUUUUGAAUCUUAUAGCAAAGGGUCUGAAUACUUAUGUAAAUACGUUUUUUGUAUAUUAGCAAAAAUUUCGAAGAACCUGUUUUCGCUUUGUCAUUAUGGGGUAUUGUGAGUAUAUCGCUGAGGAAAUGUUUUUAUUUAAUCCAUUUUAGAAUAAGGCUGUAACAUAACAAAAUGUGGAAAAGGUCAAGGGGUCUGAAUACUUUCCGAAGGCACUGUACAUCUAUUGCUGAGGUGCCACAGAACAGUUUACUAAUGUGUAUGUGUCAUUGUAAUAAUCUGUAUUAACCCUACAUUGCUCUCUCCUCCUUUAGGCAUGGUGAGAUUCAUUGACUAUGAGUAUGCUGAUUUUAACUACCAGGCCUUCGACAUAGGCAACCAUUUCAAUGAGUUUGCAGGUGCGUUACUUCAGUUUAUAAUUCAUAGGGAGUGGCCCCUGAUCCGUGACCGGUUCUUUAAUUUCUGAGGCUCCGUAUCUGUAUCUCGCAGGAACUUGAGAUUUAUUUUCAUAACCUGGACCGGGUUAACUGCAUAGUUAAAUGCCAAAAAGAGAUUAGCAAUGUCACUAUGCAAAACCAAACAAACCAUACAAAAAUAGCCAGUACAGAAAUGUCAUUUACUUAGGUGGUUUUGCAGUUUGCACUCCACCACAACAAGUAACAGGUCAUGUUGUCAUUAGCUAGCUAGCUAGCUUGUUAGCGACACUAGAUAGCGAAUUAGCGAGCUAACGUUAGAUAGCUAGCUAGCAGGCCUCAGUAGACAAUUUAAUCUUGAUAGCCAACAAGUUAGUACCAUCAGUCUCCGGCAUUGAUCUAAAGAGUUUGCUAAAGGGCUACUUAGCUAGCUAGCUAACGUUAGCUGGUUCUAUUUGGAGCCUUAGCUGAGAGCGGUUGCUUGUCAUGGUAUAGCAUAAACUGCAAAACCACAUAAGUAAAUAACGUUUUUUACAGUUGUAGUGGCUAUUGUUGUUUGUCACUGAGGUGUCUCUCACAGAUGGGGAAUCAGAGAGAAAACUUGUUUUAUUUAAAUGUAUUUCAAUAUUUUGUUUCGCUUUCAACAUUGAACUUGUACUUACCAAGCUCAUUAAAUGGACAAUACACUUUCAAAGUAUUGUUUUCAGACCUCUAAAGUAGUCUGUUUUCAGAUCUCUAAGUCUAAUGUCAAGAUGAGACCCCUGUCCAUCUAUAUGCCUCCACCCCAAAUGAAUAGAAAAGAUAAACUGACAAACUUUCAUUUAUAACUAAAAUGUCCCUUUAAGAUGUGUAAUCAAACCCUAUGGUUUGACAAGUUCUCAUUUAUCUGUGUGUUUGAUCCAUCCCCAAGGUACGAGUGACACUGACUACAGCCUGUAUCCCAGUCCUGAACUGCAGAGGGAUUGGUUGACUGCUUACCUUGAGAGCUACAAGCACAGUGUGGGGCUGGAGGCCACAGUUACAGAACGAGAGGUCCAGAAGCUCUAUGUUCAAGUCUGCAAGUUCUCACUGGUGAGAGUCAAUGGCACAGCACCCAGUAUUCGGCAUUGA